GUUUUUGAGAUAUUUAGUCACCAAGAAGUACACAGAUUCUCGGGACAUAACCGCACAAGUACCUCCGCGACAUGUUGGAAAAGCUUUAGUGAGAUCGAUGGAGCAGCGAUUGUGGUGCGUUCGUAGGGCGGCCACCGUUGGCGUUGCAAUAGUGCUUGUGAUCCUUGUGUUGAGCACGUCCCGGCCAGUCGAAGGCUUACGCUGUCGCACAGGCGAAGGUCCGAGCGCGGAGGAUGUGAAGCGAAUCGUGCGGACGUGCCUGAACAAGAUAACGAAUUCUGGAUCGGAGAAUCGAACCAGCGAUGAGUAUCCGGACUACGAUUCAUCAGCAUCGGACGAAUCGAAUGAGGACAAAGACAACGAUGACGGUGGAAGACAGAACGCAAACAACAGACAGGGCUCGAAGCAGUCUCAGUACGACCGGCGAUACGAUGGAAAUGAGCGUGGAAAUAAUGGACGAACGAAUCGACCGGAGGAAAAUGGCAGGCGGCAGCAGAUGGACCGAAGAAACCAACGGAAUGGCGAUGACCGACGUUCGAGAAUGGGAGAUCGGAAUGACGAGGAGCAACAGAUGAUGCGUGACUACGGAAGAAGUUACCGCCGACGCAAACGCCAACAGUACUACGGAGGUCAAGUAUGGCGAAGCCGUAGCUGGCAAUGGAACUCGCGGAGGGAACUCGUCAUCGCUCGAACGCGACCGGGCCUGCCUGAUGCAGUGUUUCUUCGAGGAGCUGAAAGCCACCAACGCGGAAGGUUUCCCCGAGAAGCAUAAGGUACUGCAUGUCAUCACGAAGGACAUCCGGGAGCACGAGUUGCGCGAGUUUUACGUCGAUUCAAUACAGGAGUGCUUCCACAUGUUGGGGCUGGACAAUCGGCUGAAGGACAAGUGUGAUUACUCGAUGCGCUUUGUGACGUGUCUGAGUGACCGGUUCGAAUCAAACUGUGACGAUUGGGAUACGGUAACAUCCGCCAUGUUUUAAAGGUAGACGGUUUUUAGCAGCACUUUAGACACUUUUAUGUAGUCGCUCCGUUAGAUUUAGUAAACUUUUGAACUAUGCAAAGCUUCAGUGUGUUGAGCCAGAGUAAGAAAACAUACCGAGUUCUUCAGCUCGUCCUUUUUGAGCAUGUGUUCCUCAUCGUUACGGAGCCGAUCGGUGCGUGCCUUCUCCGCCAGACCGUAGAAUACACAUUCCAGGUCCUUCUGGAGUUCGAACUUC